AUGUCAUGCCAGGCUGCGAUGGAUGAUCAACAGAACAGGUCACGAGCCCAUACCCAUCUUGCUAAAUCCGUCACUAGUUGUUUUGCCAUCCUCAAAAAAUUCAGGGACAAGGAAAAAUACAUUACGCCUUUCUUAGACGGCCAAGGCAACGAUUUACCUUGUUCCAUUGAGCUUUCGGGGGUUUUCAAUAUCAUCUAUUGGAUGGCGGGAAUCCAGUCUCAACUGGGCACUGGAUCUGCAGAUUUCAGCAAGUGGGGUCAUGAUUUCCUCCCAUUUCGUUACACUGCCAGGACGGUACAGGAAGCGGCUCGAAGCGUUGGAGAUCUUUCACUCUGCAAGAAUCGUUUGUGGAACCUGGUUAACGUCAGCGAUCGAAAACACGGAGAUCUUCCAGAUAUCGUCGCCGCUAUUAUUCGUCAUAAGGAGUAUAUUUCCCAUAAAGGUCAUGAGAAAUGUGCACCAAGCAAGUGUCAGGGAGCUCAAAUGGACAGUACCAAGGUCGUUCAGCUUCAUAAAUGCGUCGAAACAUACGAUAACUCUCAAAAUGACACUGCGGGACCCAUCAAUUGCGUGCAAAAGCUGUUUCCUGUAGAACUACUCCUGCCCAAUCUUGAGCUAGGCAAAAGUACUGCAUGGCUUUGUCAAGGAACUCAAGAAACAAUCCCGGGAAAGGGACAGGAUAUGUCCAACGAGAUGCACCGACUUUGCUCUAACAGCGAUCCAUACAUUGCGCUCUCACACGUUUGGUCUGAUGGAACUGGUGUGGGAGUAAAAGAUGCUGGAUCUGUCAAUUCUUGUCUCUUCAAAUACUUCGCCAGUAUUGCGACUGACUUAAAGUGCAAGGGAAUCUGGUGGGAUGCAUUAUCAAUUCCGUAUGAUCCCAAGGCCCGGAGUAAGGCCUUGAGCGUCAUGCACAGCAAUUAUGCCAAUGCAAGCUACACAGUUGUUCAUGAUCAGUUUCUACUGAACUUUCCAUGGAGCGAUGAUGGAGGUCCGUGUCUUGCGUUAGUUCUUUCUACUUGGUUCACGCGUGGAUGGACCGCGCUGGAAUUGGCUAUGUCGAAAAGUGUCAAGGUCUUGUUUAAGGAUGCCAAAACUGGAAAGCACAUAGUCAAGGAUCUAGACCAAGACAUUUUGGCGCACAGUCCGCGCGCUUCGUCCAGAGCUCACUGGCUGGCAACCUCCCUGAUCCAACGACUCCGGAGACCGAUUGAUAACGUUGGAGACCUGGUCACGAUUCUCUCCCCUCGCAGUACAUCAUGGGUGCGAGACCGCACAAUUAUCGCCAGUCUUCUUGCCGGCGUACCUGACCCCGAUCUUUCCAAGGGUGAAAGUGAAAUUACAAGAGAUAUACUGCGAUAUCUGGGUAAAAUACCUUCUGCAAGCCUUCUUCAUGGCAAGCCAACGAUGAAUGAUAGCGGCGGCUAUUCCUGGAGUCCUGCAACCCUGGAUGAUCUUCCCGUAGAAUUUUAUAGGGGUUCCCGAUCCACUGAUGAUACACUCGGAUCUAUGCUAGAGAUCGAUGACUCCGGCGCGGUUUGGGGGCUGUGGGACUUUCGGGAAGUUGUGGAGUCUGAUAUCAUGGAGCCUUACGGUAAUGACCUUGCUGCAACCCUCAGAGUUCAGCUUGCUCUGGAAGAGUGGGAUAAGCAUAUUCUCCUUAUGCCACCGGGCUCGUUCACUGGUACCAAAGCCCUGCUUGUCGUCCCGUUGGCUAUACUGAAAGAUGGUCCAACAAUCAAAUGUCGCUAUGUCGGUACCGUUAUAGUGAGACAUGACGAAAAGACAAAAUGGCUGUGGACCACCCAGAAUAUCCAGUUAGGCGGCCAGGAGAAAGGAGAUCGAGCGUUGAAGGCUGGGAAGGUUUGGGAGUACUUGUCAUCAAUAAAUGAUAAAUCCAUGUUUGAUAAAGACGAGAUGGUAAUCAAGGACAAUUCGGAAGAGUCUUCGAUUGGAAAGAUGUCUGAGUCUGCGAAUCGCUUUGGUGAGUGGCUCAGGGGAGGUACGGAGGACCUAUCCACUUGGUUGGCCAAUGACUCGGCUACACAAGAAUCAUAUCCCGCCGAUUUAAGCCAUGAGGCUCUUAUCAAAGCUUUGGAAACUAACAAUAGAAGUGCCACCAGAGUUCUGGUCAAAAAUAAUGUAAUGAUCGAUCCAGCUGUCGUCAAUUUCUCGGUGGAUCAAACUGUAACAAAAGAUAAGGUCCAGCAAGAUCGCAACGACAAAAAGCUGGCUCGUGGUCUUACGCUUCUGGGGGAUGUCUACGCGGAAAACAAGUUAUUUGAAAGAGCUAUCGCAACCUAUGCCUUUGUUCUUGAAGGGAAUUGGGCAAAGCGUGAAGAAGUGAAGAGUAGCCUCCCAUAUCGAGACAUUCAGCUUGCCUUGGGACAGUCUUUCAUGGCCGUGCAACGAAUUGCUUCGAGCAAUCGACUCGCCAGCCACAGCAAAUACACUCAAGUUGCUGAAGGUCUCUUUGCACAAAUAUUGGAAGUAUGCGAGCGCAAUGGGAGCUACUGGUCAGUGGAAAUCAACAAUAAACGUCGAGAACCAACACGAGGGCAGCCACCAACUUCAAAUCCUAUGGCGGACAAACAAAAAGACGAGUCAAAGCUGACCACAGAUGAUCCAGGCAAGACUGUGAAUGAUCUGAGCAAAGAGAUCCAGGAUCGACGGGGUGACGAGCGAAAAUCAACCAAGUGGUUUCAACUAGAGCUCAACGCCAUCGCUGAGAUGAUCGCUUUGGCGGCCAGUCGCUAUGAUUUCAAGACAGCCAGCGAACAAUGUAAAAGGGCCCUAAGAAAUUUCGGUGACUCGAUUGAGGAUUUUGAAGGAUUUAAACCACGAUGGCCGGAUAGGAGAACUCAGAAUACCACCUCGAAAAAAGAGCGUGAUGAAACCGUCGCCGCAGUCUACCAGCGAGCUUUAAAGAGACUAAGCUCCAUCCUCAAAAAGCAUCACCCGCUACUUCUCGUUAUUCGACUGCAUUUAGGAGCGAAUUACAAUCUUCAAUCCAAAUACAAGCAAGCUGAGAUGCACCUCAACCAAGUAUUAUCAGGCUUGGAAAAUCAGGCUCGGCCGUCUAUUCAAGGAUUCAACACACAUGAUUCUUUGGCCGCUUUUCAAGACCAUCAUGUCCUCCUUGCUUUGACAAAAUACCACCUUGGCCAGACAUACAUGGAACAAGAUCGAUAUGACCACGCUCGCGAUAAAUUUAACGAAGCUUUGAAAUUGAAUCCAGCCGGAAGACCAGAAGGCAGCGAGCUUUAUUAUUCAACCACCUUGGCUCUGUGUAAAAGCUAUCUAGAGCGCGACAAGGUUGAUGCAGAUAAGGCCCUCAAACUUGCAGUGUCCGUCAUCGUGGCCAACCAGACGGAGAUAGUAGGAUCAGACCCAGAUUGGCAUCUACUGAUGGAAGCAAACUUGAGCGUUGCCCGAGCUCUCCGUGCGACCGGAGAGACAAACAAUAUAGAUGAGGCCAGCAAAAUUUGUGAGUACACUCUGAACUUGGCUAAAGAGCAAGGUUUGUUUGGUGAGGAGAGCAAUCUGGAUGAAGCAGAUCUAGCUUCGUUUUAUGCUUCCCUCUACGAAGAGAAAAAGCUCUACGAGGAAGCUAAGAGCCUCAGAGGGAGUGUUCGUGAUAUUGUUUCAGAGCUAGAAGGACCCACCAGUCUAUCAUACUUUAAGUGCUCAAACACUCUCGCAAAGACACUCCAGAAAAAUGGAGAUUUCUUGACGUCGGUGGACAACCACGACGAGGCACAGAUAGAGUUUGAAAAUGCUAUUGCCGAAUUCAGUGCUGUUUUCAAGGGAUUUAAAGAGGUCUUAGGAGAAUAUGCGACCCGGACAUUGCGGACUUGUCAGACUCUUGGUACGCUUCAUCUUGCUCUUGGGCAGAUGGAAAAAGCUCGAGAAUUUUACGAUCAAGCAUACCAAGGAUACCGGAAGCGAUACGGAAUAAAUCACCGCUAUACUUCGACUGCAGCCCACAAACUUGGGUCUGUCUGCUAUCAAAGCUGCAAAUUCACACAAGCAAAAGAGUCAUUUCUAACGGCGUACUCUGGAUACAAGGAAGACAUAAAAAAGAAAAAUUUUCACAAAGAUAUCACGUCAGUGUUAAUCGAUCUAGCUGAAACCUGUGCAGUUCUUGGAGGCCCAGACUACGAGGAGCUUGCGGAAAAGUACUACAACCAAGCACUGACUCACCUGAAAGAUUGCGGGCGCGACGACAUGAAGCAUGAUGCGUUCCGCGUAAAGCUCAAAAAGGGCGAUUUAUUUAGACAACAGAAGAAGUUUCCGGAGGCGAAAAAAUUAAUCCUGGAGGCAUAUCAACAUUUCUGUGAUUUUGAUUUGAGCGAGUUGAACAAAGACAACGUGGAUAAUGGUAAUGCAAUAAAGCGACACGAUUCAGUAGAGCAGUGGGAAGCCAUGUUGCGAUGGGCAGAGCUACUAUUGAAUCUUCAACAGCACGAAAUCGAGUGGGAAGGUUCUGAAGAUAAUCCCGAAGAAUUAAUUCGGGAGGCUAAGAGAGGCUUGAAAGAUGCCACUAGUGCUAGCCAUCCGCUUACCAUUCAGGCUGCGGUUCUCCUUGGUGAAAUCUGUUUGCAGAAAGAAUGUGAGGGUGAUUGUGAGGGGGAAAGGGAGCUCGAAGUUGUUAUAAAUCUUUGUCAGAAGAUUCUACCACCUGGUGCUCCCGUGAUAAUCAGGUCUAUGGAUUGCUUGAUUCACCAUUGGUCGAAAAACGCCGAUAAAAGUAAAGAUGUUGAAAACAUGCAAAAAUCCAAGUGGAAAGCUCUCAAGGAUGGAUAUGGCAUUGACACGGCAGUUGCGAUCAUGAAAAUGACAGACCCCAAGCGAGAAAAUAUCAUGUGGAGCUUCAAUUAUCUUGAUGACGAAGAUGAUGAGAACGAAGAUGAUGAGAGCGAAGAUGGUGAGAACGAAGAUGAUGAGAACGAAGACGAUGAGAACGAAGAUGAUGAGAACGAAGAUGAUGAAGAAGAAGAUGGCGACAACGAAGACGAUGACAGUAGCUCUGAUGAAGACGACAUGAGCUCACAGUCGAGUGAUGAAGAGGAUCUGGAUCUCAGGUGCGAACAGGGAGUAUCAGAACAAGUGGAACAGCAGUGCAUUGUCCCACCAGAGUAUUUUACUAUGGUUCAUAAUGCGCAGCCUGUUAUGGCACAGCCCUGCAACCCAGAAUUCCAGGUUCAGCAGCAGGAACAAUUUAUGCCCCAACCUCAAUACCAGCAGCAAAACUUUGAGGAAAGUCUGGCCUCGCUCGUUCAAAACAUAUUGAAUUUACCCUUUCAGGCUCUUCAAGGGUUCAGCGAUGGAUUCAAUGGAGGAUAUAAUACUCUGCCCCAGGAAGAUCCACCGUCACUCUUUCAAACCACAUUGGAUCUACCCUUUCAGGCUCUUCAAGUGUUCAGCGAUGGAUUCAAUGAAGGAUAUAAUGAAGGAUAUAAUACUGGGUUCCAGGAGAAUCCACCGUCACUCUUUCAAACCACAUUGGAUCUACCCUUUCAGGCGCUUCAAGGGUUCAGCGAUGAGUUCAAUGAAGGAGAUAAUACUCUGCCCCAGGAAGAUCCACCGUCACUUUUUCAAACCACGUUGAAUUCACCCUUUCAGGCUUUUCAAAGGUUCAGCGAUGCAUUCAAUGAAGGAUAUAAUGAAGGAUAUAAUGCUGGGUUCCAGUAA